AUGAGCGUGGCCGCCAAAGACAAGACGAUGCCGCAGCGGUCGCCGUUUGCCAUACAGGAGCUGUUGGGCCUGACCGACAGCAACAGGAGCCCCUCGGCCGCCGUGUCAGCCGUCACCCCCCAGUACCCGCAACCGCCGGCGCCACCGUCGGCGCCAGGGCCCGCCGGCCCGUCGUCGUGCUUUGCCGCUGAUCGGGACGCUAACCGGAUGCACCACCACGGCCACCAUCACGGCCACCACCACGGUCACCACCACCACAGCCACCACAGUCAGAUGGUGGCCAGCCGGUUCGCAUACUUCAACGCCCAGGCCGCCGUGGCCGCGGCGUUCCUGCCACACAACAUGAACUCGCUGGCCGCCGCCGUGGGCAUGACAGCCGCCGCGGCCGCCAACAACAACGGUGGAGCGCCGCUAUCGCUCACCUCCAAUCACUCGGCCGCCGCAGCCGCCGCUGCAGCCGCCGCCGCUGCCGGAUUUUCACAACUACAAAAGAAUCCAGCGUUCAGUCCCAAUAGCUGCAUGUCAGGAUUAAGUCAUUUAAACCAUCAAGAAUCGGGCAAGGACUACAGUAAUGAAGCCAUGACAACAUCAUUUGGUUCCAACAAGAAGAAGAAAAAAAGAAGGCACAGGACAAUAUUUACAAGUUACCAAUUAGAAGAAUUAGAAAAGGCCUUUAAAGACGCCCAUUACCCGGAUGUCUAUGCAAGAGAAAUGUUAUCCUUAAAAACAGAUUUGCCCGAAGACCGAAUACAGGUCUGGUUCCAGAACCGCCGAGCCAAGUGGCGAAAGACCGAAAAGUGUUGGGGAAGAAGCACGAUAAUGGCCGAGUAUGGGCUCUACGGUGCUAUGGUCAGACAUUCAUUACCACUGCCGGAGACUAUCCUGAAAAGUGCAAAGGAGAAUGAAUGCGUCGCGCCCUGGUUGCUCGGCAUGCACCGCAAGUCGAUCGAGGCGGCGGACCAGCUGAAAGAUGACAACACCGUGUGCAGCGGUGCCAGCCAAAAGAGCGACAAGGAGGAAGACGAGGACGACGAAGAGGACGACGAAGACGAUGACGAGGAGAACCACCCCUGCAAGAGGCCGGCCAGGACGAGUCCGGAGACGGCGACAGACAUGUCUUCGCCGCAGCGGCACCAACAGCACCAACAGCAGCAGCAGCAGCAGCAACAGCAACAGCAGCAGCAACAACAACAACAACAACAACAACAAGACGCUGCGGUCGCGCAAGACCGACAGCAGCAGCACCAGCAGCAACAGCAACAGCAGCAGUGCGCGGCCAACGCUGAAGCUCACCGGAGGAUCCAGCAAGAGAUACAGUCACAGAUGGAACAACACCACGCGGCCGUCAUGCAGCUGGCCGCCAACCGGGCGCAGGACUCGGAAGAGUUCCGGAACAACAGCAUAGCGUGCCUCAGGGCAAAGGCGCAGGAGCACAGCGCCAAGAUACUCAGCCUGUCGGCGGACGCGCUCAUGCUGGUCAACAACAACGCCGGCGGGAUCCGAAGCCGGAACGCCGCAACCGCGGUGGCCGUGGCCGCAGCCGCUGCGGCGGCCGCCGACGUGGCCAUGGCGUCGUCCGGCGGUAGCCAAAUGCUGGCCGACUGCGACGCCAACGCCAACAACGUGAGGGGCGUGAACCACCACCAACAGCAACAGGCGGUCGGCUCCGACAUAAUGGUCACGUCUUCCGACACGUCGUCGUCGAUGUUCUAA